ACGGCAAGAGACCAGCGAGCACUGGCACACUCCCUAUCCCGGCGACACACAACAUAACAAGCAUCGUGCGGCCUCCUCCGCAAGAACACUCGUUAGGGACAACUUCGUGCUCAAACUGCAUCGAUCCGGCGACCCACGAUCCAGAUCUCAGGACACAAGACACAUCGCUCUGCAAGAAAACUCAACACAAGACCCAACAAGAGGCCGAGAAUAAACUCACCAGCACCAAGACCACCUAGCAUUCGAAUAGAUCCCGACAACAUGCAAACAUUCGCACCACCACCCACGAACAACGUUCAAUCGCGUUACCUCGCUCCUCCUCCUGCCCCCACCCGAAAGCUCAGCCAGCGCGUGUCCGGUGCUAAUAACGACAUUGAUGAGUUCCUUUCUUCCGAUCUCGAACUUUCCUUCGCCUCCACUGUCUCCCUCAACUCUCCCCACCGCGACACGGUCGGUCUCGCCCCCGAUGACGAGAGGGACGACAUGAUGGAUAUCUCCCCCGCAUUCCCUCGUAUGUCCAAGACGAUGAAUGGCCAUAUGGAACGCAUGAGCGGAGCAAGGCUGUUCGGACGAGAUGCAAGCAACGACAGCGACCACAACCCUCUCGCAUCUAGCCCUCAAGUCAACGACGAGGUGUCCAUGAAAUCCUCCAGCGUUCGCGACAAGCGCGUCCAGCGAUCAGCUAUCCCCACAGAGUGGAUGUCCCAGGUGAAUGAUUUCGACCCCUCCAGUACAAAGCAAGAGUCCAACAUGUUUGAUCCUACAGAACCCUCCUCCCCUGACGCCAUGGAUGUCGACAAUUCUUUUAUUCACAUCCCGUCGGAAGUCAACAACGCCUACCUCUCGUCACCGGCGCCUUCGCCGGCUCCCGGCCCACCUUCGGGCAAGGGCUUCAACAAUCUAUUCUUCGAGUCGAAUUCCCCCGUCCGCGCCCUCGAUGACUCUCCUGCCUACGUUGGAAAGAAACGUCGUUCCGCUAUCUCUCCUGAUGUCCCUGUUGGCCGUCGUCGUGCAGGCAGUAUCGGCGCCCUCGAGAGCUCACCGGCCGCUGAGCCAUCCUCGCCCAUCGAGAUGAAGCUCGAGCGCAACAUGAACGCUAGUCAGACUCUGAUCCAACGCCUGGCGAAGCCGAUGCUCAGUGGUCUGGGCGGUGCUUCCCAUACUGUUGGUGUCAAACGGCCCCGUCGUCCUGCCAUCUCGACUCUCGAACCCUCGAACGACGAAGAACACGAUGCGCCCAUCAGUGCGCCUCUCCCCCCGCCUCGUCGUGCGUUCUCAGCUAUGCUUCCAACUGGGCUCAACUUGGAAGCCAUGGACGACGGAGAUUCCUCUUUCGAGUCUACCGGUGAUAUGUCGAGCCCCGCGGCUGCUUAUAAGCAGAGGCAGCAGACUAGGACCAUCCGUAGGCGCGAUGGGACUGAGGACUUCCGUCCCCUCACUGCCGUCGAUAACAUGGCGAAGGCGAACCUUGAAGUUAGCCCCAGGUCGAUGCCCCAGUGGGGUGGUUUCGGUGACAAUGAGGCCAGUGGUAAGAUCCUUCCAUGUCACCGUGUUCGGGAGGACGGGUUGAUGAGGAUCAAGAGCAGCACAUUGAACAGGCUCCUUGACGGAGAGUUCAACAGCCGUCUGACCUCAUACACCAUCAUCGACUGCAGGUUCGACUACGAAUACAAUGGAGGUCACGUCCCUGGUGCCAUCAACAUCAACAAUACGACAGCUCUCGAAGAGUUCUUGCUCGGCCCCAAGGUCAACAAGCCUCCCCCAAGCAUCAGCGGCCCAGGCCCUCGCAAGUCUAUUCUGAUCUUCCACUGCGAGUUCAGCGUCAAGCGCGCUCCGACCUUCGCCAAGCACCUUCGCUCGAAGGACCGCGCUCUCAACAACCACAACUACCCCAAGGUUCACUACCCUGAGGUCUACGUCCUCGAAGGCGGCUACUGCCAAUACUUUAAAGACAGUGGUGAGCGCUGUCAGCCACGCGCCUACGUCCGCAUGGACGAUCCCCACCAUGCCGCCUCCCGCAAGGAAGACCUCGACGCCUUCCGGAAGGGCAAGUUCGGGAGGACUAAGUCCUAUGCUUAUGGAGAGGCCAUGGGUCUCGGGGGCGGCUCGCAGUCAUCGACGUCGGCUACUUCUUCCUCGACAUCGUCCCAGCCGCCCGUGAAGGAUAGGAAACGCAACUCGGCACCGACGGGUCCGACGCAGUUGUUCGCGUCGGCGAACGUGGCGAGGGCGAGGAGGAGUCUCGUCGGGGCUGGGAGCAGCGCGUUGAGCACUUUGGAGGAGAACAGUUAUAGUUCUAGCGCGAAUGCUAGUGGUGCUAGCCAUGGGAAUACGUCCUUCGUGAUGAGCGAAGAGGAGGAUUCAGAUGUGGGUGACAGUCCUUGUCCGCCACCGACGAAGGGGAUGGGAGUCGGGAUGAAGGGGAAGAAGAUGCCGGCUUUGGGGGUGCCGGUGGGCGCGAGGAAGGUGGCGCCGUUGGUGAGGGCUGAGACCUAUGGGGGUCGGUUUGGAGCGGCCUUCUGAGUGGAUGGUCUCUCGAUCUCAUUGCCAUCAUUGUCGUCGCCAGUCGGAAAGGAGAAAACAAGAACGCCCGUCACGUUUCUGCCGACAUGACCAUCUUCUCGCGGUCGACUAUCAGGCCGUAGUAUGCCAUUAUGUUCCUUCAAGUCUUCUCGCUUUGUCCUAUGCUGCCUCUGUUUACUCUCUUAUGCUCUAUGGAUUGGAGCUCCUCAUCCAACCUCACGCGCAACGUCGUUGCUCACGGUCAUUAUCUCUGGUCUUCUCUCUGCUACCCCCGCUCUUCUCCCCCUUCGCGCCCUCUCUUCUCAGCUUCUCGGACAAAUGGAUUCAGCAUCGAUAUCAACGCGCCCGUCUCGUCAUUGACUCCCACCCUCACAUCGACUGUAUCGUUGGCCUCAACAGUGCAUCGCCUGCCUCGCAGGCAAAGACUCGGAGACUCUUCACGGACCACAGCAUACCGAAUCCCAUCACUCAGUCCACUUAACCAUUCAUCCACCCUUUCAAUCAUUCCACGGCUCACAAUUCACGGUUUCAACUUCACAUUUUCAUCUGUAUAUGCCCCAUUUCAAUUCCGGAUCCCCCUUUCUCUUCUUGUCUAAUACGCGCCCGCCAUAAUGCGAAUCAACGCCAGGGGCUUUGACUCACCUUCUUGACCCCUUUUUGUCACUUCCUUAUUUCCGUUCAACUUCAACAUUCCUCUUCCUUCUUAUCCUUUUUUCUCUCGAGCUACCAUUUACGCUCUAUCUGAAUUUGAUCUACUUGCUUUGUCUCUUGGUUUUUCUUUCGCCGUUUCCUCCUGAGCGUUCCCUUGCUCGCUUGGACCCUUCGCUAUCCCUGCUAUCCGUAAUUCUGGCUCUGCAUAUGAGUACACUCCUCUGGCCCGAUCAUACCCCAGACAAUGCAGCCCGUACAACUAUUACCACAUAGCGUUCCUUUUCUUCUCCACUUUGGUUGUCCGGUUGGUCUUCUUUCACUGUUUUCAAGCUCCUGCUUCUAUUGCUACGCCUCACCCACGUUUUCUCCUUCACUGUCCGCCCGCGAACGUACGCGCCUGUCGCUUUGAAAGCCGUUCUGCGCGUCCUGCCGCUGUGGCGUUCAACUACCUUGUGUUCGACUUGAUUG